AUGGGUUCAGGGGGUCUGGAGGAGGAGAAGAUUCACAGUCGUCGGUCGACAGCUUUGUUGUUGGUGAACGCGAGUGCCGGUCUGGAGGGGUGCGACGACCAGAUGUUGCCGUCAAGUUUCCGUGCGUUGGAAUGUGACCUCCAUUUCACGCCGAAAAUGCUGGGAAAGAUCAGCAUGGUCCAGUCGUUGGCAAUGUCGCUAUCGUGUCCUCUUUGGGGCUUCUGCAGCGACCGUCUUUCACGCCGCUAUGUUCUAGGAUUCGGCUGUUUGAUGUGGGGUGUGACCACGACCAUGCUGGCCUCCUCAUCCACAUACCAAGAUAUCCGAUUGCUGCGCACACUUAACGGCAUUUUCCUCGGUUGCAUUGGACCCGUCUCGCAAUCCGUACUGGCAGACUUCAGUCCAGGCGGGAAACGCGGGCUCACCUUCGGCCUCAUCCAACUUUCGGCAAACCUCGGCCGCGUCUUCGGCGGCGUACUCACCACCGCCCUCGGCCGCGUCACCAUGUUCACCGCACUCCCUUUGCUGGCUGGCAACGGAGUCCACGGCUGGCGAGUAAUGAUCGGCCUCGUAGGCCUCUUUUCCGUACUCCUUGGCCUCUGCAUCACCAACUUCAUGCCCCUUGGCACGCGCCAAAGAGUCAGCGCUCUCACGCUCGAAGAACAACAAAUGAUCGCCCGCUACCACCAACGUUAUGGCACUAACUACGCCGACCAUACCCUCCCCGUCGGGGGCACCGCACCCGUCGGGGCCACCCGAGCCAUUGGGAUAAGCGGGCCAGCAGUGGGCUCCGGACCGGGCACCCGACCCGUGGGCGGCCGCGUCGACGCCGUAUACCCCACGGCUGGCAGCCACGGACUGAACUUUGUCCUCGACGUGGUCAAGUACUCCAUGACACGCGCGUCCAUCGUGCUCGUGGUCCUCGAAGGCUUCAUCGGAUCCAUUCCCUGGUCCGGGCUCGCUUUCGUCACCAUGUUCUACCAGUACUGUGGUCUCACGGACUUCGCCGCCGGCAUAGCCAGCGGCAUGCUGCUCGUGGGCGGCAUGAUAGGGGGCCCUGUUGGCGGCUUGAUCGGCGAUCACAUCAGCCGGACCCGCUCGCCAAACCAUGGACGCCCCCUCAUGGCGCAAGUCUCCAUGAUUCUGCGCUUACCCAUUGUCUUCAUCUUGCUCAAACUCACGCCUCGGAGCCAAGGCUCCUUUGCUGCCUUCGCCGCUAUGUCCUUCCUCCUCGGCCUCUCCUCCUUCGCCGGUGCCGCUGUUAACCGGCCAAUCAUGACCGAAGUCGUGCUACCCGAACACAGAGCCACCGCGUUCGCUAUCGCCAUCGCCAUCGAAGGCGUAUGCAGCGCCUUCUUCGGAGCUCCCCUCGUCGGCUGGCUCGCCGAGCACAGGUACGGCUAUCAUCCCACUGGCGAAGCCGUCGAAAAGCUGGACGAAGCUCACAGACAAAGGAACGCAGACAGCCUGGCCAACGCCAUCUUCGUCGUCACCAUUGUGCCCUGGUUCAUUUCCCUCGUCCUCUACUCACUCCUCCAUCUCACUUAUGGACCCGACAAAAGAAAGAAUGAGGUCAUUUCCCGAGCCAGAUCGCUCAUUCGUGCAAAUAUCCCAGGUCUGAAUCCGGACAUGAGGAGCUCCAGCGUGAGAGAUUUUCUGCACGAACGUUUAGCCACCUAA